UUAACCCAUAAAAGCAAAGAUUGAACAGAGCUCAAAUUUAAAUAGUUACAAAAGUUUCGCCUAAUUUUAAAGAUUUUAAUUUAAUGUUGUUUGCUCAAUGAUAUGAAUUCUAAUGCAUAUGCAGGGCUGGGUAAUAAAUGGGAUCAUAAUAAAAAUGUUUAUAUAAACUGACAAUCAAACUGAAAUGUGCUUAAAAUACUGAUGAAGCUUGUCACAAAGGCUUGUUUGUGGUUGUUACCUGAUUUAACAUCUGAUAUUUUUAAAACUAAUGAAACAGCAUUUCAUGAAUAUUUGAUGCUUCUUGGUUCCAGUGUUUGUUUCAUGUGGCUGCUUUUUUUCCCUCUCAGACUUUAUAUGAUCUUUAAGUGAUCUUUCUCAUCAGCAUGUUGUCAUCCUUUAAAUAUGCAAACAGCAUUUUCUGUGCAUGAUUUGGAAACAUUAAACAUGAUAUUGAGCUGAUUUAUUGCAGAAAGGAUUAAAUAAAUAAUUUUAUUUUUUUUGUUGCCCAGCCCUACAGCUAUGUGCUAUAUGCUAAAUCAGUAUAGAUGCAUGCAUCUCUAUAACACAUAAUAUUUUGUUUGUUGGUAAAAGUUAUUGAUAUAAAAAUCAAGAACAGACAGGUUACAGUUGGUAUGACCAGUCUGCAGUUAGUCACCUACAGAGAGUUUCUCUGCCAAUGAUGAAGGAUCACUUAAAGUGAGCUUUUACACAUCACCGAGCAGUCAGGAUGUUUGUAGAGGCAAAACAUAAAAGCUAGAAGACGACGAAGUCUUCUUCAAAAAGCUCAAACAUGCGAUUCAUGCCCCGCCGCCACAGUGAAAAGUCAACAAAUAGAGGGAUCAACUCCAAAAUCCAUCACAGAACUCAUAAAGAGAGAUGUAUCAAACUGAAACCAGCGCGGUUCUUAAGAAUGUGGGAGCCGAUGCAGAACUCAUCUCUAAUAACAACUUAAAUAACAAGAUGGAUCUGCUGACUCUAGUCAAAGUCAGUGAGGGACGAUUCUGGCCCGUACCAAAGUACACGCCCAUGGAGUACAGCCUGACUGAGCUGGCCGAGCUCGAGGAGGAAGAAGACCUGUGUAAAGAUUAUAAUGAGGAGGUCUUGGUGAAGGAUUUCACAACUACCAUGGAGACAAAGGGGAGUGGAGAAAUUAGUGGGGGAGAUGAUAUUGUGGGUAAAGCCAAAAUUGAGGCAACUGGUGAUACCGUGGAUGGACUGGAACAACCUGUGAGCAUUAUAACAAAGAAAGCCAACAUUAAAAAACUGAGGAGCAAGUUCAGUGGCAGUGGCAGGAAAAUAAAAAAGGAAAACAUGGAGUUACUGAGACUGAAGGACAAUGACAAACUGACUUUUGUUUACCAGAAAGUUUACAACAGUGGGCCUGUCAAGAUGAUUCGAAAGUCUAACAAGGGUGGGUCCAUCUCAGCCUCCUGUCAAAAGAUGCUGAAUGUUCUUAUAAAGGGCAACAAGAAGGAGGUGACGAGCUACACUGUACCGGAAAACUCCACCUUUGGUUUUGGCCUCAUGGAGCUAAAGAUGGAUGAUGAGAAGCUGAAAAUCACAUGUGAACCCUUUACUCAUAAAACAGGUUUACUCGGUCUGUUUUCCCACGAUGCCAUCGACUCCAAAGAGAUGCUGCAUAAAGUGAAAGAAGAACUGGAGACAAAGGAUCAUCUUCUGCUGCCGCUCGGAGAUCUUGCCGAGUCGACCCGUCGUGAUCUGUUGAAGAAGCUCAGUGAGCUUGCUGAGGACGGAGAUACUCUCUCUCUGCUGGAACAGACACUGGACCAGUGCACUAAAGGAACCACUGAGCGCGUUCAGUCUGAGGCUGUCUCCUCCUUCAUGGACCUUCUCGAUGUCUCAAACAUCUCCACUGCUGUGAAGGACGCCGUUCACCUGUUGGUCAGCGCAUUGGACACUCUGCCAGACGAAGUGCCGCCACUUCUGACUCGCUGCAGUCCAGAUACUCUGAGAGUCCUCAACCAGCUGGUGGAUGGGCUGAAGGCUGGUCGGGCCAAACUCCCAGAGUCCCUGCCCGUCCCCCUGCAGGAGGGAGGGGAGCUCCGCUGGGCGGCCGAGUUCAUCUGUUUGAACGAUCAGAAGCUGAAAGAGUUGAGUGACAGCUGGGACCGGCCCGAGCUGCCCCCAGAGGUUCUGCUGGAGGUUCUGUGCCUCGCUGUGCAGGGACUCAGCCUGAUGCAGCCCACAACAAACCCUUAAUGUCAGCUGCUCUGAUCUUUGUUAAUGUGCUUUUACAGCAGCCAAUUUUAUAAUGUGUGCAGCUUUCAACCAGGUAACCUCAGUACCUACAGCUGGGUUGUUUCCUGCUUUUGUGUCGCAGCGUUUCUCUGCCUUUAUUGUCUUUCCCAGAAGCAAAAUGACUUUAAUUUGUAAUAACAAUAAUAAUAAUAAUGAUAAUUUACUUCAUGAUUCUUGUCAUUUAUUGGUUUUGUUGCAGUCUUUGUUUAUAGUUCCUAUUCCCUCCUGUGUUCCCCAUCUCUGUCUCCACGUUUUAAUAUUAUGAAUGUGAAUUUAUUAUUCUCCUGGUUCUGAAUUAAAGCUUUAUGAUUCACUGUAAA